CGUAAGUCCAUCGUGCCUCUGGGGUGUGGUACGACUUUCAAGUGUGACUUGGUAAGGCGAUGUAGUUUGGAUAAUUCCUGCCUGAAAUUUGUGCAGUUUCCUUCCUCACAAGUACGAUUUGAAGUGGAAAUUUCGACGCGGUAACAAUCUUGGACUAAUGGUGUUCUUUUUGUGUGAUUUUCAGGAUGAAUUGAAGCCCAUUUGCGGAGGAAUCGAUCAACAGACUGUUUGAAGUGGAGCGGCCAUGUGAAAUGGCCGCUCUUGUAGAUUGUGUUUCGCGUCAUAUUAGUUCGCCCCAAACUCCUUUUUUAAAAUUUAUGUACACGCUUAAAUCGUGUAUAUAUUGACGAAAGAAAGUUCUUUGAGGAAAGGGUUAGCAAAGCGAGGCAGAACCCAAGAGUAAGUUGGUUGAUAUGGCCUUUCUCUUUCUCUUAUCGCAUAAAACCACCGUUCACGUUGAACUGCAAAUAAAGCGGUCUUCGCGUGGUGGUUAAAAUCACUUGCGUCCUUUGUCCUUCCUUUUUCACUUUAUCAGAAAAGAUCUCGAUGAUCUCGAAUAAUAAGCAGUCUGAAAUAAAGACUGUGUAGGAAAGGCAAAUUCCAACAGUUCAAAAGACAACAUCAAACCUUAGAAUUUUGUACGAAGGGAGACAACUUGAUACCAAGCAGGACCUGUGCCAAUUGACCGACAGAAUUGCAGCGGUAUUCAUAACAGUGUUCCUAAACCGAAUGGAUCGGGACUAAGUCUCUAACAGUUGAGGCAAAUGUUUUACUAAAGACAUGUGGUUGUACUUGUUUUCUUGUAUAUUGCUUUUGGAGUAUUAGGAAUUGAGUGAAACGGAGUUGUGUGAAGUCGCACGCGUUUCUAAUGACUGAUCGAGUUUGUGUAAAUUCCGUUUGAGAAAUGGAUCUGUGUGCGCGUCAAGUUUUCAGUUUUUAAUUGUAAAGGGAAAUUUUCUUUUACCCUCAUCCACGAAGAUUGCCUGUAGAAUAGUGAAGUUUUUCGACUAUAAAGGUCGAACGAAGUCAAAUAUUGCUACGACGCAGAAUUAGUGAAAGGAAAGGUUUAUUAAUAUUCAUGAAUCCUAACAAUGUGAUAAACUCUGCUCAAUUUUUUAAAGCAACUUACCCUCCUGUUUAAACCACAUUCAUGAAUGUUCUACAGUAUAAUCUACAAUCGUGUAAACAUUUCCUUUAUUAUUUGGACUUAUGCAAGGCUGACAACUUCUGUGCCAUUUCUCCUCCUUUUCAUUCACUCCAAAAAAUGAUGAUUGGAAAGGAACAAGAGCUUCACCUUUAUGCUUUACUUUUUACCUAAACUUUUUAAAGAAUUGGUUUGUUCGUCAGAAAUUGGGCGGUGAUCACAGGGCUGUUAAUGGAAUGAGAAAAAAGAGGUCAUUUAUUCCUAAACUUGACUUGUUGAGUUAACCGGGCUGUUUGACAGUCCUCAGGAAAAGAAGAAUUUGAUGAUUAAUGAAAGUAGUCUUUGAGAAAGGUUUUUUGGUCUGAAGUGCUCUCUCAUAGGACAAAUGCAAAUGUCUUGAUUGUGCAGUAUUUAGGGCCUCAGAAAAUGUUCAGUUUUGCAGCAAGUUAAUUUUAUAUAGUAUAUAUUUUUGUAAGAAUUGUAAAAUAAUCAAUUCCUGUUGAAAAGAGAGAUUGCUCCUCGACUGUUAGCUUAAUGAUAAUGAAUGAAAGAGUUAAAAUGUAGGAGAACAAUAAUCAUUAUGGCACUUACUGACUUAAUAAUAACUACAAAAUAAUUCUCAAAUCUGAUUGGCUAUUGACUGUCCUGAUUUCAGCACUACUAGGACAGUUUAAUAGGAGGGUAGACUUCAUACCUAUGUAACUGGAAAGUAUGCGCCAUUGCGCGUGCAGUUAAAUGGCUUUUUUCCUUGCUAGCAAGAAAACUCUUGAAAUUUCUUGUGUUGUUUAAUAUUUUCAAGAGGGUUAAAAGAUCGCAAAUUUUGUUAUAGUUAUGAUUAAAUGGUAAUGGUCUGUAAUCAUACUUGUGAUUUAACAAAUCGGACUCCCACUACGCGGUCGUCCCAUUUUGUUAAGUACCUGUAUGAUUACAGACCGAAUUGGACUCCACUCAGCCCUUUCACCAUUAUGUAAAUCAAUGAUUUAUGUGGAAAGAACAAGCUGUAGAGAAAGCUAAAGGCUUCUUGUAUGGGAUUGAAAAAAAAGCAUGUUGCAUUAUGUGUAGAUUUAUUGUCUUAUCUAGAGAAGAAAAAUAGUGUGGAACGUGUGUUACUGGCUAUGUGUUACUGUAUUUCUUCAUUCCCUCAUGAAGUUGUGACAUAUAAAAAAAGAAGGCAAAGUCAAGACUUAUUGGAAGGUAGUUGUAAAUCUACCAUUAUUCUAUUGCAAAUCAACAUAAAAAAAGCAGUUUCUGGUGAUUUUAAUAGGCAUUUUUUGGUGAAAUACAAAUAAUUUUUCUCUACUGUCCCCAGCUGAUCAAGUAUAUGUCAGGCAACAUGAAUUGGUUUAUGGGAUGUGCAUGCUGUAGAAUGCUAGUAGAAUUUUAUUUCUGUUAAUUACAGCCCUGGAGUUUUUGCACACCAGCAUAGGUUCUGCCUAACGAGCACUUUCAAUUUGCCCUCUGGGCACUAGGCUUUUUGCUAGUUGUUAGAGACAUAUUAAUUUCAUUUUUUUUAGUACCAUGCAAAUGCCAUCAAAUUAAAAAAGAAAACACUGAUUAUGGUCUCUGUCCAUUAUAGACAUCCAAAGUUCUUAAAAUACAUAUUCAUAUUGUUGGAAAGAAUGAAGACCCGUAUAUAUUACACAGAGUUUGUUUAUUGUGUGGUUAUUCUUCCUAUAACACUAUUCCUUUCUUGCUUCACAACAUGAAUUGCAAAAAAGUCUUAUAAAUGUUUGCAUUUUCUAAUAAUUUUUUUUGCUUUGAUAGAGCUUAUAAUUUUUUUGAGUAUGCCUAAUUCGCAUAUCCUAGUUCCUUUGAAAGGGAUAAAAUUUGACCCCACAGAUAGUUUUCGCUAAUUUCUGAACAUUGCUUAAUAUAUUAUAGACGUGUUAAUGCAUUCAUGGACUUUGAAAGAGCAUAAUAUACUUAAGGUUUACCUUGAGUGAGGUUCAAACAAAAUGAAACCUUCAGUUCAGUUUUUUAGAGAUUAAAAUAAUUGAGGUUUGGUUGAGAAAGUUUGCCCAACCCCUCUGGAGUAUAACAUAGACAUUGUAUAUUCUGUUGUUUGCAAUUUUUGUAUCAUAAGAAGAGAAGGGUUGCUAUUUUCGUGUUUGUAACAUGGUUGCCUUAACUUAAGGUAGAGGUCGCAAUUCGACAAGCUAUGCCUUAAACUUUUGCUUCUUUUUUCCACAAGGUUGAGAGCAGGCUUGUCUAUAUGCAAUGCUUGAUGCCUCUUUUUUUUUAUUAUUCUAGGAAAGUUCGUGACAGAUGCCAAAAAGCAAAGGUUUUGCCUUUUGAUAUUAAAUACUAAUCUUCAAGAGAAAAACAUGGUAAGCAGUGAACUCCAUCUCUACCAAAACAGCUGACCUACAAUCAUUGGUAAAAAUAUCACAUGUCUUUCAAAUUGAGGUCGAUGGUAGCUGGUUAUUUCAGGCAAUCAGAAAAGAGAGAAAUAUUUUGGGAUGAAUAUUAAGGCUAUUAGUCAUAAAUAAAGUAAGAUUUCUCUUACUUGAAGAAUUUCUUAGCUUGUUUCUUACGGACACCUUGUCAAUACCUUGUUUAUCAUCUCCCCCAGUAUUCCCUAAAUGGGUUUUACAAUAUAGGUUAAUGGAUUUAUUAUUAUUAUUAUUAUUAUUAUUAUUAUUAUUAUUAUUAUUAUUAUUAUUAUUAUUAUUAUUAUUAAAUUAAUUGUUUUAUUAAGUAGCAACUUACCAAAUGCCCUUAAGCUACAGUACAAGAAAGCUUAAUUUGUCAUUCUAUCUAGAUCAUUCCUUUUUGAAAUUUUUUUUUUCUACUACAGGAAGUUAGGAUAUUGUGAGUUGUGCUGUCUGCACAUUUUCUUUGGUGUGAUUGUUAAUUACUUUUACUUAACAGCAUUUUAGGAUAAUUUUACACAACAAAAUAUAUAAUUUUUUCUUUUGAUAUGUUUUAGAGCACAUCUGGUGGUGAACCUCGCACCCUUUUGAAUGCACUUAGACCAAUGCUGGGCUCUUUUGGAGACAUCAAAACGCCACAAGAAGUUGUACGAGUAAUUAGGUAAUUAUGUUCUGUAGGCACUUAACGUUUUGCCCAUACAGUAAAAACCCGCGUAUAAGAACCUAGGUUUUUCCAAGUUAGCCUAAACAGGUUCUUAUAUAGAUGGUAUUUAGUGUAAAAUUAGGCUAACUAGGUUCUUAAUUAGGUUCUUCACUUUUGUUCAUGAAAUAAAGCCGAAUUUUUAAAUGAUCUGGUGUUUAAUGUCCAAAAACAAUUCUUGGAGGCUUUGUUAAGCAAAAUACUAUACUAUUUUAAUCUGAUUCUGUUACAAUCAAACCUAUGGUAAAGUUUUAUGUAACCAUGCUAUAGUGUUUAGAGUAUUAUUGCAUACAGACUGUGUUAUAUAUAUAUAUAUUUUUUUUUUUUUUGAAAAUAAGAACCUGUUUUAGGAUUUUAGCCUAAAAUGGUUCUUAUGUGAAGGGUGCUUAAAAAUGAAAUUUUAGCCUAACAGGUUCUUAAAUGUUAGGUUCUUAUACGCUGGUUUUUACUGUAACACUUUUCAUUCUUCCUUUAGAGAUUUUAAAUAAAUUAAAGUAAAUUAAUUAAAGAAAUGUCAAUUCAAAUCAAUGCUUCAUAGUCUUUUUGGCUUUGCUUUCUGUUAGACAUUAAUAAUAAUUAUUACUUUCAAGUAUUUUCUUGAUUUAAUGCUGGGGUGUCUCAAAAAAAGAAGUGUAAAUCUAAAAGGUGGAAUUUUAAUAUACCCCAUAUGCUUUUUUUUUUCAGUAAGCUCUAGGUACAUUUAAUGGAAAAGUAUAUGUCUGCCAAAGUUUUAGAACAAUAUGUUGAGGCCCUAGAUAAGUAAUCUUAUAUUAAAUAACACACAGUAUAUUUUCAUUUGCAGUUUAAUGCGAGAUGCUGAGAAGCUGAUGAGUCGGUGUAUUUACUUGAAUAUUCUUAAAGCUACUAUUUCAGUUGCCAAAGAAAAUGAAACUUCAAGUGAAACACUAGAAAAGUAAGUGGGCCUGUACAUGUCGUGGCAUCUAUGUGAUUCAUACCAAUGGGGCCUUAGAGAUUUUAGUUAAUAUGUUUUGGAACUGGCACACCUUAUUUUAAUAUAGACCAUGAUUAUGUACAUUUACAUCUUAAAUGGCUCUAAUAUGUGGGUAGAUUUAGACAAUUUCAUGUUAAGCUUAAGCCAAUUUAAUGCUGUGAGCAGUUUUAUCCAUUUGAAUAGCCUAUGAGACACAUUUUCUGUAGGUUGCGUUAAAAAUUGCAUCAUUAGAGUAGAAUCUUUGUUCAACCUCACUUACCAUUUAUAGCACACUGGUGUGAGUUUGAGCAAGCAUGGAGGUUUGUGGUGUAGCUUUUCAUUCUUGUGGAUCAGCAUAUAUAUCUUCAUCUAGACUGAUCAGUCUGGUAUGGUACUGAAUUUUAUGAAAUAAGAAAGGAGAUGAGUUUGGUAUUUUUCAUUUAACAGGUUUAUGACUAUAGGUGGGUGGAGUAUUUUGAACAAAUGGCUCGUUGAGGCGAAGAAAAAUGAAAAUUUUCCUGUUUUGGUAGAGCUACUGGAGGUACAGUUGCAAUACAGUGUUACAUGUUGUCUUGCUAUUUAAAAAAAAACUAGCGUACUUAGCUCUGACAUAACUUGUGGUUUCUCUUUAACUUGAUUCAGGUCCUGAGAGAUCUACCUGUAAAUAUAGACACAUUAAAACAAGUGAGUUCAAGUUUUCUCUAAAUGUCUAAUAAUGGUUUAUCAUUAUCAUCACCAGUCGACUGAAGAGCAGUCGACUGAAAGUCUUCUCCAACUGGCUUGGUCUGGGCGGUACACAUGAUGUCAUCAGGGCAAGGGUUUCAGUAGAUUCCCUGCGGCAGGAAGUGUCCGUAGUAAUGGGGUGUCCAUAUUAAGCGGGUUGAAUUUAGAUAUUGUAGGGGCUUUCUUUUCCCAGAGACAAAGCAAACUGUCAGUAAUAAUGAGAUGUCUAUGAAGUGGGUGUCCAUAAGGUGGGGAAAGACUGUAAAUUAUAUUUAUUUCUUUGGACAUUUUAUUCCCCUCAUCUUCAGAGCCAAGUUUUAAUUUUGAUAAUUCCAAAAUGGCCUAUAUAUUUAGUGUCCGAGGCUGUUUAGUUUUGAUUACUUUGAAUAUUGUCUUAAUUUAAAGUGCUUUAUCUUUCGAUAAACUUUGUAGGGAAAUACUGGCAAAAUCAUAAAGCAUCUCACAAAGUUGGAAAAUCAAGGUAACAUGUCUGUUGUCGUGAAUUUCUUGAUUAUGACAAUCUCAAGGGGAUAUGUCACACUCUCUGUAAGUGAUUUCAGAACUCACCUAACGUUCACAGAAUUGACUGAAAAUUCACCGUAACUGCUUUAAUAGUUAUAAAAGAGCUCAAGCAGUGUUCUCCUUAGGAUUUUGGGAAGGUCAGGGGGUAUUCUGAAGGACCAUGGAUGAAUAGAAAUGAAGAAGAUUAAAACUUAUUACAUCUGUAAAACAAUGGCCUGUUUCUUUUUAAGGUUGUCUCUAUUUCUAUGAUUAUGUGACCUACAUGUACAGUAGAGGGCUUGGGAAUCAUCUACAUUUGUUUGUGUGAUGGUGACUCUGUCAGCAAAACGUUUUUUUGAGCAAUAUACCCAAUAAUUAAAAUUGCCCCAGACUGCCUAAUUGUUGAAAUAAAAAUUGCCUACACUCUAGCCCCUGAAAAUUUCCAGGAUGCAUAUGCAUUGACCACUGUAUAUUAUUUUUAAAAGAGUAAAUAACUUUUUUUCCAGAUGUCAAAAAGCUAGCUUCAGUUAUUGUCAAGCAGUGGAUGAGUCUUGUAAGAAACCAAUCAGGUAAUGCAGGAAGAAGUAUUUCAAUCCUCCAUAAAAAAAAACCACAGUACGGGUGUUCAAUAGGGGGAUUUAAAAAUAGAGAGUAUAAGGAAGAUGUUGUGGUUUUAUUUUAUCCUUGUUUUGAAUAUUAUUUUCCUUUGUUUUUGAGUAUGGUAAUGUAUGAUAGAGAGUUUUAAACAAAAGAAAAUAUAAUUUAAACCAAUUGGUUUAAAUUUUAUGAAAUUGAACCACCACCAUACCUGGGCUGCCUUACACUGAAACGAAACCCUAAUUGCUAAAGUGCACCACGCAUUUGAUUUAAUGUACUUCUUGUUCCUUGAUCGCAGAAAAAGUGGAGAAACCAAAACAAAAUGGCUCAACCGAAAGUGAAGAUAGUUUGCAAGGAAAUAGACAAGGUGAGACAAAACCGAGAUGAUCAAAAUUAUCAUAAAUUUAUUAACUUAUGUAAAUACUAGGUGUGUGUUCUCUAGAAGGCGAAAAAAUGAAAUAGGCAGUAGAUUACAAAAAGAGAAGCACCCUUCCCACUUGAGUAGUUAGGGAACAGAUGUCACCCAUUCCUUUGGGAAGUCCGGGGGCUUCUGUGGGGAAUUAAAAAUUUUUAUUUUGAUGGCCCUAAAAUGUGCAUUUCAUUGCAUCUUUGAAAGUGACCAGGAGACAAAAUGAUGAUGUGGAAGGGUGUUGAGAAACAAAUCAACCAAGAAUUGUAUUAAAUUACCCUUGAAAAAAUAUUUUUUUAUGAGUAACUGGCACUUCUGUGAUGACUACACAGUCACUGCAGCUUCCCAAGAACCCUGCUCAAGGCUUUUGAUCACCCCUGCAUUUACAUCAGUUCUUGCAUUCUUUUGGCCUGAAGAAUUCAAACCAGUUUGAAAAAUUUCUACCGGUUUUUAAAAAAUUCAAACCCAAGAAAAAUUUGAACCACAACAUAAUUUAUAUUAUAUUUGUGUCAAGACAUCUACUCUGCAUUCAUGUAUUAAAUAGUGUUAAAGAAGGAUUCUUUUCCCCUUAUGUCUACAAAGUUGAAUUUUUUAUUUAUGCCUUCUUGUAUUUUUCUCCCUUUAUGAAGGUGAAGGAAAACCUGGUAAAAGAAUAAGGUAACAUUUGUAAUACUUGAUAGUGCCUUUUGGUAAAAUAUCUGUCAAAACAUCCAAAAUCUGCUUACUGUUUAAAUUAGCCUUUGAGUGCAGCCGUCUCUCCUUGCUCUUUUCUGCUAUGGAUGUUUUGCCCUGUGCCAGAAUGACAGAAAUGCUAAAAUGAUGAAGUAAAUCAUUGUUUACAUAAUUAUUCUGGGUUCCAAAUGUGAUAAUAAUUUGUUUGAGGUUAUUCUUCUCGCCUUUUUUUUGUUCUUCUGCAAACAAAUUGCAGCACAUCCUUUUUCUAAAGAAUAUUAUUUUAUAUUCCAUCCCAUGAAUUAUAACGACUGUUUUGUAGUAGAUUCAUCUAGUUACAUUUAACCUUUGUGACCUUUUGUCUGUCAUUUGUAAACAAUGGUUUAAAAAAUGUAAUUACUAGGUUAACCAUUCAGAUCUCCUGACCAGAUUCUGGACAGAGUUUACGUCAUCAGUAUGGAAUUUCUGUCGUUGAGGUGCAGACAUCUCUCCCGCAAAAUAUAGCUAGCUUAGUGGUGUAUAUUUUCUUGCCAAUUUUUGGGUAUACCUGUCAAACUAAGAAGCUACAGUAAUAUUGUAAACAGCUUCAUUUGAUUUAUGAUCUUUUCUUUAACCACAGGGAUAACAGUUCCUCGGAUUCUAACCGGUCACCUCAGCCUGAGAAGAAAUUAAAAACAUUAAGUGAGGUUAAAAGUGAUGUCAAACAAAGCUUGGCACAGAGAAAUAUUUCCAAGACAAAAGUCAUCCCACCUCAGCCUAAACGUAAGUGGCUAUAAACAAUUAACAAUUUAGUAUAAACAACAACAACAUACAACAGCUAUUACUAAUGUCUUGUUGACCAAUGGCAGGUAUAACAACUCUGUCAUUGAGAUUCAAGGGUAGUAUCAUAUCUGAUUAUUUAGGACUGUCUGUAAAUCCAACAAAUUAUUUAUUGUGAUACUAUUACUUCUUGAUAAUUUAUGGAGAAGACUUUGACUUUAUCUAUGGCAACUGGCUGUUGGUAAUACGUGAUUGAGAAAUUCAGUUCCAGCUCUUUGCUGGCAUUACAUACUGUGUUUAAUAACAGGUAGCCAUUGCACUGUACUACACCUGAAGGCGGAGCAUGAGGCUAUCCCGUCCUCACCCAGCCCAAGAAAGGUUGGCCACACCACCCGGGUCUAUGCCCCCUACUCUUUUCAUAUAGUGGUGUGGGCUCUUUGACAUCCACAAAAACUAUUAUAAUUAUUUUAAAGUGUUAUGGUGAUUGGAUUGUGAUUGAUGGGUCAUUUCAACUGAAGAUCAUAGUUGAACAAUCAAAACAUGACUAAUUGCAUAAGAUUUUUUUCUAGUUAGAGGAGCACCUUCCAAUCAAAAUUGCUUAUUUACUUUUCCUGAUCAAUUCCAUUCUGUUGAGGUUCCCUCAUUUUCAAUAAUGCUAAUUAAAAGUUUUAUGAUUACUUUUCUUCUUUCACAAGCGGUUGCAAUGGAGAGUGCAGGGUUUAUGAAUGCACUGACAUCUGCAGCUUCUGCUGCUCCAGUGGUCAGGAAAAGGAAGCGCGUUACUGCUGCAAAGGUAUUUGUUUACGUUGUUGGGGUUACUUUUACUUUGUGAUGAAGUAUUACAAAAAAACAUUUUGUUUAUUUAUUUAUUUAUUUAUUUAUUUAUUUUAUUAUUAUGAUUAUUAUUUGCAGACUGGAACAACUACAACUACAACAGCAACAUCUUCAGUGUCAAAUACCAAGGUUGGUGGAAGAUCUUAUGUUACUGCAUAAUUAUGCUUACUUUUCAGUGGUGUUGCUAUUGCAUUCACUCAUGGCAAAUGUGUUGCUUCAGAAAUUAUCCCCAUUGCCUCCACAAAGUGUUUUUGGUUUGAACCUUUCAAUCCUCCAAAAAAUUCUUGGUUGGCUUCAUACUUAAAAAUAUUAUUUGUACCUCCUCUUUGCUCAAUCCUACAUCAUUUUCAAGAUGUAAAUAAUUAUGUUUUUAUUAGAUAAAGCUGCCUAUAACCAUGUCAGGUGCAAGCUUUUUCUGUUAACCUCGCAAAAUCAUGUUAAGACAGUAUUUAGCUUUAAUUUUUAAAUGAACUUUUGAAGGAGUUAUUGACCCAUUGAAAGCAGCCUGCCAAAAGAUUCUGUCAUAAAAUUUGAUUUUACUAGUUCUCACUGUUCAAAGGAGCAUUUAAGUAAUGGAUUUUUCACAUAUGCUUUAUGUUGUAGCCAACAUACACAGGUAUUCUAGAUGCAAUACUGGACAGUCAGUCACAGACACAUGGCCAAGAGGAUGGACGAGAUAAGGAAAGCAAAGACAAAGAUACUGACAACUCAAAUACAAGGUAAACCAGCCUUGACUCUCAGAACAGUAAUUGGGUAGACAGCUGCUAUAAUCUGUUGAAUCACACGGCAUUGCUGCCUUAAGGGCAGUGGUAUCUGUUGUGUCAGACACAGGUACAAGCUUGUUUGUUCAUUUUCACUGGAGGUGAUUACAAAUGUCGGUCUAGAAAUGUUAUUGUUAAGUACCUAUGGGUUUUGUUUUUCUUUCAAAUAAUGACAGUCCGGGAAAAUCCAUGCAAUUUGACCUCUGCCAUUAACAUAUUAUAAAUUUAGUGAAUAUUGAAGGAAACUCGUCCCAGUUGUUCUCUAGAAAUUUUCACUGAUAAUUAUGGUAGUGGGACACUACCUAAUGUUUUUACUUUGUUGCAACAUGAGCAAACAUUUGUCCAUAUUUACAUACACACUUUAUAUUAAGAAGGAUAAUGUUAACUUAUAAAUGCUCUUUAUUCCGAUUCUGUGGUUCAAAUUUGUCCCAUCUGUUUUUUCCUUUGCUUUUGAUUCAUUUUAUUUCCAUGCAGAAAAUAAGGGAAAUAAAAAAAAAUUGGAGUAAGGAUAAAUUUCAAGUAAAACCUAGACCCUUAAGUUAAUAAGUUAAUUGCUUCCCUUUUUUACAGCAACAACAAAUCAGGUUCAACUCCAAAUGGAUCACCAGAAAACACACCGUCAGUUCCAAGUAAGUCUGCAAUAUAAUACCGUAAACUGCCACUUACAUGCUCUCCCACUUGUAAGCACCCCCCCUCCCAGGUAUAGGUUAAUCUACCAGUUAACAUAAUAAUGCAUCUGAUUAUAACCCCAUCCGCUCCUCCCCCAGAUAUAAUCCCCUCUCCAAAUAUAUUGGAGUGAAUUCAAUAAUUAUUGUGAGGUUUUGAAGCUUAAUUAAAAACCAAUAAAUGUGAAACAUAUUUUGGUCAUCACUGAUAUGGCUUGUUUAUUGAAGCCUCUUCAUUUAUCAGCCUUCUUAGCUAAAACCAUUUACAAAGAUUAAUAAGCCCAGGUCUUAUAAGAGACAGUUUACGAUAUUAAGUUAAAUUAAUUAACUGCCUGCUAGAAAAGUUUUUAUCCAAGUCAAUCAUUUGAAAGUUUUUUUUGGUAUUAUGUUUACUUGUACUUGAUUUGGAGGUCCAGAAUAAGGAUUUGUGGUCUACUUUUGCAGAAGUCAUAAACCAGCAUUAAAUGAUGUCUGUAGUGCAGGCUAGAGAUUAGAUGAGAAGAAAGAAAAUUAUUGAUUAACUGAAAUUGGAAACGAUUUAUUCAUAUAUAUGCGCAAUAAACAAUCUAUGAUCACAUUUCAUCUUAUUAUUAAGUAAAACCUACAUAUAGUGUUACGGGAAACUUGUUAUAGGUCACGUGGUCUGCUCAAGAAAUUUCAUAAAGAUUAGUGCUUAUCAAAGAGUAUGCGUUGGCUCUUCAUUAAUUUUUUUGAACAAGUUCAUGUGUGUUCAUUUUUACAUUUUCUUGCAUAAAUUUCUUGUCUAGGUGGGGAUAUUGGAGACUUUAGCAAAGGAUCUGAGGUAUGAAAGCGGCUAUAAUGGCCAUGCAACUUCUAUUACAAAGUCAAUCAUCUUGCAAAUAUGUUUCAGGAAAAAAAGGCCAGUGAUGCCAUCAGAAUUAUAUUUAAUAAUAAAAGGAUAAAGGAGAUACUAACACAAACACACCAAAAUGUAACAGUCAUCCUGAUUUAAUGACAAAAAAUGCUUUUUCAGAAAAUGAGAAAAAAUUCCAUAUUUCAGCUGCAUGUGCUUUGGUAUAGGGGUUUUGAUCUAUUGUUCUUGAAGCUUUUUUUGUCCUUUUUUGUUCUCUGCAGUCAUCUGAGAAAGACAAUUCUCCUAACUCAGGUAUGUUCAUAAGUCUAGCCACUAGAGAGUUUUUUUUAAUUUGCCUCUUUAUUAUAGAGUUAAAUCAUGAUUGUUUAGAGACACUUAAGUUUUUUGGCCUAUAAAUUCUCUUGCUUCCAGAAAAGUUUGUUCAGUUUUAGUCUUUAAGUUACCACCAUUUUGGUUACUUGUAAGCUGCUUCUUAAAUGAGUUGUAAACUCUCUGUAAAAAGGGAAAAACAAAAGGCUGUUAUGAUGUUUACAUCCCUCCAUAAACUACGGUAGUCCUAGUGUACUAAUGCAGGACUUAUUCAAUGAACAAAGUUUAUAUUAUGAGCUACAAAACUUGAGCGGUAGGCUAACACUGCCCAAGCCACGUACCAAUAUUAUCUAAAGGGUAGCUAAUUUUAGCUAUAGUGGGGCUCAAUCAUCAAAUUUCCUACCUCAGUAUGUUAGAAACAGAAAGUCAGUACCAGGGCAAUUCAAAAGGGAAUUUAAUCAAGUGUUUCAAUCAUCAGUUUCCCACUCAGCAAUCUUGUAAAACGGUAAAUGAAGUGUAAACAGUAAUUCUUUUUAUUAAAAUAUUUUUUCUAACAUUACCCUGUUUAAAUUGAGUUGUAUGUAUGUAUAUGUAUGUAUAUACAUGUAUAUAUGACUGUGUGAGUAUUGGUGUGCGGAGAGGAAGGCCAUGAGUUUGAAUCCUGUCCAGAUUGAGAACCAGUUGUAGGGAAACUGGAUGUUUAAAAAGCUCAAUUUUUUAGAGUAGCAUGCGGUUAGUUUCCCUUUUGUGUUCAGCCAUUUUCUCUGCUCAAAUGCACUGUGAGAGUUGUCUUAACUUCACUCAGGACUCUUGUCUUGCCGGCACAGCCUUCAGCUAGCCCAUAUUUGAUUUAAAAAAUAAAACAACGUCUAUAAAAUAAGGUGUGAAUUUGAUCAAAAAUUGAGGGUAAGCCUUACAACCAUGAUAGCAAAAUUUAAAUUCUCAUUUGUUGUCAUUAAAAUUUCCUUUUGAUGUUCAGUAGUGAGAAGUUGUUAAAGUUUGUCAAUUAAAUCCCUAAAUUCUUGUGACAACUCUGUUUUAUGAUGAUAAAUAUUACCAGGAAAAAAUUGAUGCUGAUCACUCUUAAGGCUUAAAGUCUUGACACAAUACUAAUAUCUUCCCCCCCCCCCCAAAAAAAGGCAUCAUUGUGAUUGUGAUUGACACAUUUGCAGCAUCACAGACCUCAUCAGACACAACAGCCUCAGCAGUUGAUGAAGCAGCAGCUGAAGAGAAACCAGCUAAGAAGUCAAAGAAGGGCAAAAGAGUUCAAUGGCCUACUGAUGAUGCAAACCUGGCUAUAUUCCACUUCUUUGAGAUGGAUGAAGAUGAAAGAGGUCAGUUUGCCAUGCCUUCCCUAAAUUUAUUUUGAUUCUGAAAAAACAUAUGUUUUUUGUUAUGAACAGCUUAUUCCUUUCCUGCGGUGUCCAGUUGUUUUACUACCAAUUUGUUUAGCUGGAAGUCAUGAUCGUUAAACUGAAAGAAACAAUGUUAACCAUAAAAUUGUAAUAAUUUCUUAAUAUACUGAAAAAGUAGGACUAUGCCAAUAUCUAGCCUUAUAACUAUGUGUAUCUCAUUUAUGUGUGGAGUACCUUGAACGUCUGAACAUCUUGUAAAUCAAAUAAGAAAAAUGUCUAGUGUAGUAAAAUAAUCAGUAGCCUUACUAGGAAACUACCAAGAGAAGCAAAAUCCUAAAGUAUUGCUUAUCAAACUUGCAUUUCCCAUGGGGAACAGUUUAAAACCACCUGUGUAUAUAUCUAGGAGAGAAAAACUCAUAACCUGCCUCCAAGUUUCAGAUUCUACAACUACUACACUACAACUUGAAUUAAUUAGUUGACUUUCUUUGCCCCAGAUCUUUGGAGAUCUGUUUACUGCAUGUAGUAUCAUUAAUAUUAUUAAGGUGUUUAUUUUUUUUAGCUCUGGUGAGACACCCUGUUAAUUUUCUCGAUGCCGCCCAUAAUGAGAUGGUUAGGGAAAGGCAGGUAUGAACCUUAAACAAGGAUUUCUGUCACCCUUUGAAGACAACAACUGACAGAAAAUCCCUCCUACUUAUCAGUCAGAGUACACACAAUUGUAUGUUUGGAUUUUACCAGAGAAACCUUUUUGAGACUUCUUUAUAACAUUCAUCCUGUUUGCACCAGUAAUUUUCUCUAAUUUCCUGGGGCAUAAAUUCAAUGAUUACUUACUUAAGUUAUGGAUAGUUUUCAGUUUCUUAAUCUUUGAUGUUUGACUAACCAGGUCUUAUCUUGCCCUUUUUCAGCUUGUGGAGCAAGCUAAACGGUUAAGUGAAGAUAUAAUGGCAGAGAGAAUAAAGGUAAAUAGCAUACUAUGGAAAUGUUAUGGCGGGCGGUAGGAUUUUGCUGAGGCCUUGCACCCAUUUUUAGCCUGCUAGCAAGUUCUCCUAUUUGGGCAAGGGAAGCAAGCUGCUUGAGAACCCACCAGCGAGUAGGGCCGUUUUUGCGUCUCCUCUUGUGUGCCUCUCGCGCGUCCACUUUUCACAAUAUCCCUCAAAUGGAGAGCUUGCUUGCAGGCUAGCCCAUUUUAGGAGUAAUGGGCACUGCACUGUUAUGCGAGACAAGUGAUCAGAUUGCAAGAAGAUGUCAGUCAACACACGGCCAGCAAAAGAGCAUGGGGGUCCUGGGGCUAAUAUUAUUAAGUUAUACCUUAGGAAUAUUGACAAUAAUUGCCCACACACAUACACACACGCGCACACGCCUCAGUAAACAACAAGCCAAUCAAUCCGUCUGGGCAUCUUUAAUGAAGAAACCAAGGCCCUGAGGACUCGAGAGAAGCCUUCAAGCACGAAAAGAGGCCCAAACAGAAUUCACAGGAAAGCAGGAAGAGGUGCGAGGGAAGGACAGGGGGUGUGGGAAGAAAAGGAGGGCCAUAUUACUUGUGCCACUCAGGGUUGUCACUAAGAUUUCAAGUUGCCGGUUAAAUACAACAAGUGGGCGGGGAAUCAAACAGCUAGGAAUUUCUUUCGGUUCUAUUUUUCUUUUAUUUUCCUUUGAAAGUAGCCUGGGAAGACGUUCAUAGUAGCCGGGGGAAAUCCCCAGCCCCCGCCUCUUAAUGACAGCCCUGGCCACUGCCUUUCAUUAGGUGCACUUUCUAUUCUUUAACAAUGGCUAUUUAAGUGCUGUCUCAUAAGAUAAGAUAAGAUAAUUUAUUUAAUGUCAGAUACACAGGGGGUGGUCUCCCAAUCCCCCGAGCCAGGGGCUCAUGAUAAAAGUGUUUGACAAUAUAAGAGAAAAAUUAAGUAAUUAAUAUCUCAAUAGCAACUAAUUAAAUUUUUAAAAAAAAUAACAUCUAUCUAUAAAAAUAAAUCGGGUCCCAAUCGGAUCCCAAGGAUCAUGUUCUAACAAGGGGUUUUGUAAUGGUCUUACUUCAGUGGUACAGACCUGCGCCCUUAACAGUUGAUCAUCAGACAGAACGAGGAACUAAAAGUGAACAAAAACACAUACAGGUUAGUCAUACAUUUUAUGUUGAACCCUGCACUAACAGCCAUCACCCUGUAAAUGAUAACAGCUGGAAUUUUUGUCCAAACAAACAUUCCAUACAAUCACUCUUCCAUUAACCUCUUUAAAUGGCCACCCACAGAAAAGCAUUAAAUAAUCUCUCCAGAAUGGCCAUUUAAAAGUGAAUUAUGUUGACUGAUGUCGUCACAUAACUCGAUUUGUUUAUUAAGAUUUCUGUUCUGAUCAUUUUACAGCAUUUUUGGAUUUUGCUGUUUCAUUUUGUUAUUUGAAAUUGUAAUACAGUACACUAUUGAGAACAUUUUCUACAUCCCCUCUCCAAAAGAGGUUUUACAUUACACUCCCUCCCCCCAAUAGGCACCUAUCUACAACAGCUCUUUACUUCCGUCCCCAAGGUUGCCAAAAAUGUAGAGAGGUUUGACUGUAUUCCCUUAAGCCUGUGUGUAAUGUAAAUUGUACAAGCCCCACUUGUUUUAUAACGGAGCUUUAUUUUGUAGAAAAUUACGCAUUAGGACCCCCCGCCCCCUUCCUCCACCAUCACCACCCCCCUCUUAAAAAAACUGAAGAUCCGGACUUGCUUUCAAUGCUGGUUUUCACUAGCGACGGAGUCGUUGUCGUAAUCAGAAGCGUAGGACUUAACAAUCUAGUGAAAACAGCGUUCUGACUCCGCUUACGAUCAAAUGAAACCAGGUUGUAAGUAGAAGCAGAAGAACUAAACCAAUCAUAAAGCGUGGGAACUUGCAUUGCACAAUGAUUGUUUUCUCCUUCCGCUUAUGCCUCCGACUCCAACAAUCUGGUUUUCACUAGAUCGUAAGCGACGGAGUCGGAAGCGGAGUCGGAGGAAAAUUGAAACGUUCUGAUUCUUCUGACCCCGAUUCCGUCGCGUUUAUGACUCCGCUUACGACUCCGAUUUUUGAUUUUCACAACGUCAUAAGCGCUCUAACGAUUCUGACUCCGACUCCAUCACUAGUGAAAAACAGCCUUUAUGUGUUUAGAAACUCUAGUGGGUUGUUAAAAUUUUGUUUCUUGACUAGACAGAACCUCGUUCUUGUAACAAUUUUACACUACAAAUAACUAGUGGUAUUUAUCGUUAAAAAGGUAACACCUGCCUUGAUUAUUUGCUGGUGUAAUACUAUCUGUUUGUAAUUUUCUGCCGACAGAAAACUCGAGAAGCAAGUAUCCUUGCUGAUAUAUUUUUAACCAAGUCAAGGUAUGCUCAAGUUUGUGAACUCCUAUUUUUGAUAUUGAAUCUUUUUUUAGAAAAAUUGUUUUACAAAUUUUCUUUGUUAUUUAUGUGCUUUAUAAUUUAGGGUGUUUAUGUAAUGCCAUCUUGCAAAUCACAUGUGACAAAACACAAGUCGAACGACCUGAACCUUAAAGCAGUUACUUUGUUUCUUUUCCACGUACAAAAAAAACAGCAUGAAUAAUUUGUUACUUGUUUGUUUGGAGUUUAGUACCUAUCAACGCUAGAUGUAAAACUAAAUCUUUACAAAGCUGAGAGAUUCUCUAAUAUGCUGAACAUGAGCUCUUUUUCGCUUGUUUGUUUCUUUGUUUUUUGUAGUCUUCCAGACAGUCCUGCAGAACCUGAUCCAGAAAACCAGCAAGGAAGUUCUGAAGAACCUAAAGUCAUCCCUCAUGAUGAGGUAUGUCCAGAUUGUAAACUCCUUUCAGUUUUUGCUAAAUCAUAUCUAUUACAUUAAUCCUUUUGUUUUGGAGCACUGAUUAUUUUUAGUUCGUGGAGUUUAGCGUUCUUGGAUGCUUAUAGCCUUCGAGCAAGCUCUCCUUUUGGGGGAGUCGCGAGAAGUCACGCGAUAGCCGCACGCGAAAGGAGACUCUCACGCCUUCGCCACUCGAUCGCAAGAUAGGAUACUUGCUCACGUUCCAGCGCGGUAACUGGUCGUUUCGCCUGAAAGUCGAUUCACCCGACGGCAGUUCGUGCGUACUUAGUUCGUUUCGCUGGAUGUUUAUUUGUCGUUCUUUAAGCCGUUCGAUUCGCCCGACGGCAGUUCGCCCGGACUUAGUUCGAUUCGCCCGAUGGGCGAAACGACCACAAUUCGUUUAAGCCAUAGUCCAAUCACCCCCUUAUUAUUAUUAUUUUUUUGGCAGUAAUUGCUCGUACACCCUACGGGCUAGUUACACAAAUCUGAAGUUCAGCCCAGUCAAACUCUUUUAAUAUAAACGCCAGACAUCAGUAGUUUCACAGGGCGCAGAGGAGCAAUUUGUGACCUUGAUUGCAGUUAAAUUUUAUAAUUGAGAGCGCCAAUCGCCUUUGUUUACUGUAGAAUCCAAUAUGAACUUGACCAAUCAAACCGUCAUGCGAUCGUUUUGCAAACCUGGUGAAAUAUUAUCCAAUGCUCUGGAAAACCGCGAACGGUAAUAAAUGUGGACGAACAACAGCGACUAUAAUUUUCUUCUCGGCACUUCGUGUCUCGCUCGGAAAGCUUCGCCUUCCAGAUGCGUUCGGGCGACGUUCGUUUCCUCCAAUCAAAGUCACAAUUAACUCCCUUGCUCCCUGUGGCAGUUCCGUUUGGAAUUGACUGAGCUGAUUUCUUUUGGCAGAAGGGGACCACUCAUGUACCUGCAAAGACUCCAGCUGUGUCAACUAAUAGCGGCGGCGGCGUUCAGCUACCUGCGGCUUUGAUGUCACUUCUGUCAUCAGCUUCCUCAUCAAAUACAGGUUUGUUGCUGUUGUAGCUCAUUCUCACUUUUCAGUGGUGCCACGUUUUCUCCCCAACAGUUAAAGACAUCAAUAUAAUUCAAAUUAUGAGACUGUGAAGGAAGUCUAAUUGUUCCAGUGAAAACUCCUCAGCAGUUCUUUUCUUUCUCUCCCUCUUGUCUCGUCACUCAACUCUCCUCCCAAGCGUUGCGUGACGAGACAAAAACGGCUGCGAGGGAGACUAUCCUUUCUUGUGCUGCUGUCUAUAAUGCUAUAUAAAGUGGUUCUGGCGUCAAAGAACUCCGACGGUAUGACCGCUCAAUGUAAGGGUAUUACAGGCGAAACUCUAGUAAUCCUAGAAAUUUAGUUUAGUUUUAACCGCGUUCAAUUCAUUUACCUUAUCUAACACAAACUUGAGUUUUCUUCCACAAGUUAUACAGUGAAGCCCGGGUAUAACCAACCUUUAUAUGACGCCCCCGAUAGUUGAACCCAAGCGUAAAGAAUAAUAUUUUUUGUCCCAGUUGCAGUAAAAUGCGUGGAACUGGAGCCCGAUAAUUUUUCCAGUACCUCGUUAUAUCGGGUGCACUGUCAGGACUCGAAACAAGUCCCAACUAGUGGUCUAGGACAAGUAGAUUUUCUUGCUGGGCAAGUAACUUUUAAAGCUUGCUUGUCCAAUGGGUGAGGGUCCAGGCAAGUCAUCCUCUGACAAAAUCAUUAACUAAGACGAGCAAGAACUGGCCCCAGACAAGACAAAUUGGAAUUCAAUUUUUUCAAGCCCUGACUGUAUAAUGAAAUCACGCCUCUUGUGGCCUCCUGAGGAGAACACAUUUGGUAGAAAAAUCGUGGGCAAGAUUGCAGCUAGCCUGCAGAUAAAUCCGCCUUUCAUCGCCCUUCUUCGCUGGGGACGUUUUUUACUUUUUUAGGUGGGGAAGAAAAAUUGAUAAUAAUAGUAAUAAUUAAUCAGUUAACAAUACUGAUGAUAGUAAUUUAUAAUAAUGAUGAACUGACUAUGCGUUCUGGUUUGAAUAACCGGGAGGUUUAAAAAAAAACAGUAUUCUGCGUUGUGCAAAUCUUAUGGUCAGCCUAAUCAGCGUUAUCUCUUGUUUUGUCAUUUGAAGGUGCGGCAGUCAGCCAGAGCAACUCAGCUCCAGUUACUGUGCAGACUCUGUUAGAUAAACUAAUGGUAAGCGUCAUGUCACGUGUCGGUAAUAAAUUUUAAGACGAAGUACAGUAGAACUGCUAUGUGCGACCACCUAUCCAAAAUAAUAGGUUUUACCAGUCAAUGCACUAAUACGCACUUCUCCACAAUUUCCAGUUUACUACCACUUUACAACAAAAACGCGUCUUCUAUAAGCGGCCCCCAUGAUGUAGCAUUUUGUGUGAUAGAAAUCAACUGUAAAUGGUUUUGAGUUAGUGUAGAGAAUCCGUCACUGUAAGCUGGUACGUCUUCAAAGAUAGUCCACCUUAGAGGGGUACCUACAAAUGAUGGAUUCAGCAUUGGCCAUACCUUAACUUUUUUGCUUCGUUUAUCCUACAUGGUGAAUACUAACCUGAAGGGAAGUGGAAACGAGAGGAAUCACCCUUCUCCUCCUUGGCUUGCCCUUUGCGUUCUCGCACGCCCAGUGAUUUUUCGCUUCCCCACCUUUGCAAGUUCCCACCGUGUAGAUCAUUUUUCAUUCAAUUAAGUAUUUCAAUCUAAACGGUCCACACAGUCAUGUGUGCCGUGUCUAACAGCUAUGUCAUAAAGCUCGUUUAACGUAUUUGCAAUGUUAAAUGGCUUGCAUUUUAAUAAAUCGCUGCAUCUUACAUCAAAACAGGGGAAACUCGAAGUGGUUUAGCCUGCGCCACAGACGGAACUAAACUCCGGGUCUGGGUUGUUCAUACGUUGGAUAGCGCUAUCCACCGGAUAAAUCACUAUCCACUGGAUAAACAUUAGGGAAACUACUUGUGCUAUCUAUGUUAAGUUAAAUAUUUAUCCAGUUGAGAGCGUUAUCCACCUUUUGAACAACUUGGCCCUGGUUAAGUCUGUCUGUCUUGUUCUGGGCCCUCCAUUUGUGCUCCAGGAUUUGAGUACGCACCAUGAUUGGCCUGUUAAAAAUGUCAUGACUUAUUUGCCAGUCAAGUUAAAGGGAAAUUCGAACGCAUUUCCGGUGAUUGGUUGAGUCUUUUGGGGGCCCAGUAGUGGCCCAGAACAAGGAUAUCGGCUCUGCUUCGCAGACGUUACCAACCGGGGUUAGAGUACGUCUUCGACGCAGGCUAGAAGUGCUUUCACCUGCGAUUAGCCGAUCCUUCUUCCUUUUUUCCCUGAUUGCUGAUUAGAUGUGGCUCAAAGUAUUGUUACGCUUGUUUGUUUUUUCCACUGUGUUAUCUUAACACACUGAUCGUAUUCUGUGAUUUCAGAAACCCUCUCAACCGGGUAGUAUGUCUUCUGCGCCAUCCAAUUCUCAGCCUCAGCUUCACAAUGAGGCAGGAGGUGCAGCCCUACCCAAUGCCCUUAAACAGAUCCUGGAACCUCUGCAGCAGAAUAAAAUGGGCCCUCCAAGGAUGCAGGGUCCUGCCAUGGGUCCUGGCAUGGGGGCAGGAUUGCUUGGGGCUGGUAAGUGAUCAACCGUUCUCUUUGAAUUUCACUUAAACUAGACUAAACUACUCACAACAGGUAAAGGACUAGAAACUGGACUGCUGAGUAUAUCAGUGAUAUAAGUGGCACUCCUCCCUCAUCAUAUAGCGUAAAACGAGGUUCGUGAACCCAAAUGUUGAUAGAUACACCAUGGUGUAAGUCAAAGUUAGCCCUGUUUAUAAGAAGAGAGGUAGAUUUUCCCUGGAUCAAAAGUGGUAAACGAAAACUAUUUUGUGUAAAAACAAGGGUUUAAAAUGGUGGAAAGUAUCUUUCGCCAGAUAGUGCACAUAAAGGCGUUAAACAAUUCUCAUGAUAAAAGCGAGAUGUCCGCCUAGUACGCGAGAAAUGCACGCCAUCUUGGAGAUUUCCCACUCAGGGCUCGAAAAAAAAUCCCGUCCGGUAGUCCGGGAUUAGUAGAUUUUCUUGCUGGGCAAGCAACUGGCUCACAAUGGGCAAGGGCAAGCCAUCUUCUUACUAAAUCUUUAACUUAGACGACCAAGAAGUGGCCCCGGGUAAGCAGAAUGUUAGAGCUGCUUGCCCAAAGUUCAAGCUGGAAUUCAAGUGUUUAUCGAGCCCUGUUAAACCUCACUUCACUGUUAGAUCGUGACGUCUUGCGAUGAAUGCGAGAAGGUUUACUUGUAUGUGAACCCUAUCAGUACGUAUUAUAAUUGCGAUCAUGUUGCACAGUUUUUUAUAGGCUGAAUGUUAACUGUGUAUUUGUUUGUUUAUUUUAGCGCCUGGCGACCCAAGCGGAAUGCUGAAUACCUUUAGACCGCCUGGUCCAAUGGGCCCCAGAGGUGUGCAAGGCCCGCAUCUAAGACCCGAUAUGGCUCCUCAUUUUCAGGGUCCUGGAGGUCCCAGACAAGGACCCCCUAUUGGGCCUCUUUUCCCUGGUCCUGAAGGGCCAAUGAUGGGAGUACGAAUGAGGGGCCUUAUGCCGCCUCGAAUGCAAGGUGGACCCGGUGUUGGAAGAGGACCGAGGCCACUUCUGCCAGAAAUGGUAAGUUGUGACUCGGACAGACGUACAACACCAAUAACAAAUAAGAUUACUUUGUACAAUGAAAGAAAAACAACAACAACUGACUUCAUCAUAGGCGUCUGCUCAAAUGACCCUAACAUAGCUUCGUAAACCCCGCCCGAUAAAACGUUCUUGCAUCAAGCCCUUUCCUUUGCCGUUACAUCAGGUAACUAUCCCGUGUUUAUCAACAAUGAGUGGUCACAAGAGAGAUUAAACGGAUCAGGGAGGGAGUCUUAGGGCGUUGGCAAGGCCUUCUUGGUGGCUAAUAUCCCCUCUUCGUUCAAAAAGGAAGAAAUAGAUUUGUAAUAGCAAGGUUACUUUAUUCAUUCCCAGGCCAACCGUGACGAAUUUCCCCCAGAUCAAUUUGAUGAUGGAGGAGAGUAUGGAGACGAAGAUGAAGAAGGCGAGCUCGGAGACAUGAGCAUGCGCGGUAGAGGACGAGGAAUGCUGCGUGGCCGAGGGCGUGGAAGAGCCCGUGGUCGAGGAACACCUCCCCUUUGUCGACACUUUAUUUCAAAGCGAGGCUGCCUCAGAGGAGCCACGUGUCACUUUUUACAUCCUGGAAUUAAUGGGCCGCCAGUCUAACAAUAAUAAACUAUGUGCGAUUGUAAGAGGGCAGGCACUGAAUUCCACGUUGUUUAUUAAAUCGCAUUCAUCAUUCUCUUGUACUGUGCGUGCGACUUUAAAUAAAUAUUGUAUCAAUUUUCCUGGAAUUCAGUGCCAGCUCUUUAUAGCGACCAUAAAUUUGAAUCAAAAUGUUACAAGAAAGUGAUAAAUCAAGGAGCCUGGUGGUAUAUGUAGAGAAAGAAAUGUUAGGUUCUGUUAUUAAUAAUAGAAGCCUCCAAUCGUUACUUUUGAGAAAACUGUAAUCCUAUACGUAAAGUAAUCGUACGUGAGGCAUCAAGUAAAGUUCACUCUGCUCCUUCUGCCAUAGGGAAAGCGUAACUGUUGGAACUAGAUUGUAACUUUACUACAAGCCAAGACAUGGUAUCAAGACAUAGAGGCCAUCAGUGUGUUACAAUAACUUAUCCUUGCUGUACAGACAUUCUACGGUACCACUUACCCGUAAUAGAUCCCUGCGUCCCUGGAUCAAAUGGUUAUGCCCCUGGUCACUUGUUUAAGAGUUUUCUAAUUUUAUUAGGAGUCGACUAAGGAGAAGGAACGUCAUCUGUAGAAUACGUUUGUCGCUUCUGGAGGUAUCGAACAUUUCAGGCGUUCUAGAGAGCUCCGAACAGAUAUUUUCUAGAAAACGGUCGUUCGGUGCCCCUGUAGAAUGUCUUGGUAUCCUGUCGCCGCGUGUUAACGUGAUUUCAUUACUCAUCAGUAUUUCUCUGAAAUAUCUCAGUGGAAUUACCUCAAGUAACAAUUGAAAAGACGAGUUCUUGCAUUUCUUUGCUGUACCAGUAAUUAAGAAGUCUUAUUUGCGGCGUUCCUUCAAUUUAUCUUUGUACAAAAUGUAUAAAUUUUGGAAUGCAAUAUAUCAGUGUAAAAUAAUAGGUGGAAACAAUUUUUAACAUCUGAGAGUAUUUUGUGAAAAAUUAAGUAAUAAAUAUCUCUUUAUAUAAUUCAGCUUGUCACUGAACCGUGCAAGGAGAAACAGUACUGCUUGGUACAUUUUGUUGUGAAAUGACAACAGUUCGAAGUGGAUGUCACUUAUGUAAAAGGCUGGUUGCAGUAAGAUGUAAAGGAGCUUGCAGUACUCAAAAUUGGCCUGCCUUGGGUUUAUGUUGAUGCCUGAUAUAUGUAUUCUCUCAAAUGGCUUCCAUUCUCUCUGUAAUAUUUGUUGGGAGUUCGAAGGUAGCACAACUGUGAUUGGAAAACGUACAAAAGGAAUUGCUCAUAACACGGAAAGAAAAUACUGUUCUUUUUUCUGUAAUAACUGGUACAUAUCGAAACCUACACAUUGAUGGCGUGGAAAAGAUGACCGUAAUUUCUUGGGAGUUAAAAAGUUGAGAAACAGUGGUAAAUGAGACGCAGAAUGUAGACUGCCUAGAAAUCAUUCAGCCUUCAAAUCCAGCAAAUAACGGCCACCUUAAGGAGACCUUGCAGAGAGGUGGCCUUUGUUGAGAGGUUUAAACGGGUAUUAAUUAUGGACUGUCCGCCAGAAAAGUUGCCUUUGUAGAGAGGUUGACGUUAGUGGAGGUUCGACUGAAUUAACUCUCAUCUAUCAUUAAGUCUCUCACCUAUCUUGAUUGAAAAAGAAACAUCUCGUAAGUACGAUAAGUGCAGUUUCAACUGUUUAUUAAUUAUUCCAGUGUAAAGAUCUAGAACCGAAAUUUCUUGUUGCAGUGUACAUAGAGUACCGACGCUCUUUAAAGUUGUUUAAGAAAAAUUAACGUAAGUGAGUUGAUUAUCACCUAGCUGUAUGGGACAAAGCCUUAUUUGUUUCAGUUACAGCUAUCCUUGUUUAGUGAGAGAAAACUUAGGUAAUAAGUACACGGCAUGCGCGGAUCAAAACGUUUCAGUACCUUAUAUUCCACCUUUCUAAAAUCUGGUGAGUUGAUCAUCAAACGGCCCACAAUCGUUGAAGUUAACAUAGUUGGUUUAUUUACAUUGCAACGGUG